AUGAACGAGCACGCAAUUCAAGCCGAGAUCGCUCGACUGUCCAGUACGUUCGUUCCCACUGCCCCGAGUGAUCUUGCGUGUGCGCUGACUUGGACUGCCGGACGCCACCCGACCGACCGCGCGGUCGUACAGAUGCGAUCGCGCAGCACAAGGCCCACGUAGCCGCCACGGGAGAAGCACCCGUUUACCCCACGACUUGGAACCCUGGCAGAGGAAACUCCAGGGGUAGAGGGGCGUCGAGAGGUAGAGGGGUGAGAGGGUGGGGAGGUAGAGGAGGUAGAGGAGGCGCGUUCGUUCAUCGCAACGCCACCUGGCACGCACCGGCACUAGCCCGCACUUCCUCGGCCACUACACCAUCAUCAGCAUCGUCAUCGACGACCCCCGUGGCGACGACCCCCUUUGCGACCACGUCAAGACCACCUGUUCCCGUAGGAGGCUUCCGCAACAAGGUCCUCGUGCUCAACAAGGACCAGAGCCCUGCAGCGACGUCGACCUCGACGACGACGAUCAACACCGAAUCAACCUCGACCACAUCCCCGCCCUCGACCACUACUUCCACCACCUUGUCAAGCACCGCUCCAUCAGCGAGCACAUCCCGACAUGCACCCAUGAAGGAGGUUCUCAUCGACGGGGUCAAGUUCAUCACCGACGCGAGGGCCCACAAGCUCAUUCGCAAGACCUCGGCCACCACCGGUAAGUUCGCAGCUCCGCACUCCCCCUCGCUCUUGUCCCAAAACCUGACACUUUCACUCCCUCCAGCCCCAACGAUGGCAUCAACGAGCUCGAGCUCGGACCCGACCAAAGCAUUGACCCCGCGUCGCGCCUCCGUCUCGGGCACGACCUACAUCCGCACCAAGAACGGCAACCUCAUCUCCCUCGACGUCGCGCGCAAGAGAAAGGAACUGAGCGACAAGAAGCACUUUGAAGCCAAGAAGGCUCGACUCGAUCGACUGGUCGGGAUCGUCCAUGAUGUCCAGAAUGCGAGGAAUAGCGCUCGUUCGACGAGGACGAGCGGGUCCAAGCGGGGUGGUAGAGGGGGUGCCAAGAGGUUCGUCAUGAAUGCUAACAUCGCCACAGAGCACUCGAUUCUGUGAUCUCAUGAUUUUGUUCCAUGCAGCACCUCAACUCGACCCAAGUCGAUGAAGCUGUGUCGUUUCUUCCAGAAAACCGGUGAGAACCCACUCAAACCCACGCGCCGUCGAUCGUGGCUUGCUUUGCAUCGAAUCCGACCCCCCUCGACUCAAGAGCUUGCUGCGAUCCUUACAUUUUCUGACCUUUCAUGUUCCGCACCCCUUUCGAUCACCUCUUUCAUUAACCUGGUACGUCCCCUUCGUUCCUCACUUCCACUCGCGCUCUUUAAAAACCCACCAGGCCAAUGCACGAACGGUCUCCGCUGCCGCUACAUCCACGAUUCGCACCGCGUCUCGAUCUGUCCCAACUUCCUACGAUCCAAAUGCGCCUUCGAUUCUUCGACCUGUACGCUCUCGCACGAACCUAACGCGCACCGUUCACCUCAUUGCAUCCACCACCCUCAUUGUACCCGUCGACCGAAUUGCCCCUUCUCCCAUAUCGACGGACUGCCCGCUUUAUCCGAAUCGACGAUUUGUCGACCGUUCGUCGAAUACGGGUGGUGCGAAUUGGGGGAAAAGUGUCGUUCGAGGCAUGCGAACGAAUGUCCUCGGUUCAGUGAGACGGGCGUUUGUGAGGAGAAGGGGUGUCGAUUGCCUCAUGUUUUGAGGAGGAGGAAUGAGGUCAAGAGUGGGGGUGGUGGGGGUGGUGGUGGUGGUGGUGGUGAGGGGGACAAGAAGGAGGGUGGGGAGGAGUUGGGGAUCGAUUGGAAUGCGGGACCGGAAUGGACCGUGGGUGAGAAGAGGAAAGUUGAUGAGGGGGAGGGAGGGGGAGAGGGGGUGGGGGAGGGUAGGGCGGAGAAGAGGCGCAAGGCUGGCUUGACGUUCGAAGGGAACGAGUUGGCGCAGAAUCAGGACUAUGUUCGACUCGAGGUCGAGUUGGAUGAUUCGACUGAUGAUCAUGAUGAGGAUGACGAAGACGAAGACGAUGACGAAGAGGACGACGACGAGGAUGUUAGUUCGGGUGACGAAGAGCAUCCCCACGAGGAGGAAGCGAUCGAGCUCGAUGACGCUCAGGAGGAAGAGGAUGAAGAAGAGGAAGCCGACGAGGUCAAGAAGGACCUCUUGGGCGGAACAAAGGACGGUAAUGACGACUCGUAUGCCAGUGAUAUGAUGUCGUGGAUCUCGCAUGGUGUCGAUGCCGGCUUCGAUCAUGGGUACGAGUUCUGA